AUGGCUCGGUGGUUCUUCGAUAUAAUACUGAAGCUAGUACCGGUAGGCAUACUGCCUAAGACCGCCUUUACCCUGACCGUCACUUCUACGAAUAUUGCUGAGAUCGAAGUCAAAGCCAGCGUACCAGAAUACUUUAAUAUAAAAAUGGCUGAGACCUCGCGCCGGACGCUUCUAGAGAAUAUUAAACAAUGUCUUGGCGACAGCGAAUUUUCUGAUUUCAGCAUCAUAUGCGGUACUGAUGUCUACCCCGUCCACAAGGUCAUCCUAUGUGCCCGAUCUAGCGUCUUCCAAAAGGCCAUAAUGUUCCCAGGCAAGGAAUCCUCAGAGCACAAGAUAGACCUCUCCGAAGACGAGCCAGAGCUCGUGAAACGAAUGAUCCAAUACUUCUACGAAGCCGAAUAUUCACCCCUCCUCCCCCCACCACCCAAUCAAACAAUCCACAUCCAACGCGCACCCCACAAUUGCGGCGCCAUUGGCACUGGCUGCCGCAGCAUUGAAAAACUGCGAAGAGUCUGCGACCACCACUAUUGUGGACCCGUUUGUGACUUCACAUGCCAUGCCUACUGCUGCGACAAGUGUAUGGACAUCGACCCCAACCCAGCUUACCUCCUGACCUACUCCAAAAUGUACCAAAUGGCCGACAUGUACGGCAUCCAUGGUCUCAAGCCUCUCUCUGUGGAAAAGUUUUCUCGCGCAUGCUACAAAUUCUGGGAUCAUUCUGCGUUUGUGGACGCGGCGGUGCAUGUGUUUGAAUCUACGCCUGAUCAUGACAGGGGGUUGAGGGACAUUGUAAAACGAACGAUUUCCGAUCAUAUGGGGCUUUUGAGGAAACCAGAAGUCGAGGGGUUUAUGGGGAUGUUUGAGGGAUUGGCAUUUGAGAUAUUGUUCGAGAAGUCGAAGAUGCAUGGAUGGCCGAACAAGAUCAUCCUAGAUGAGUGUAAGAAAUAUCGCGCUUUCAAGUGGAACGGCCGUGUUGGGAUUGCGGGGCAUGAUCAUAGCCAAGCCACUCAAGUGGCAGAAGGGUUGACUUCAAAGUCCUGCCUUGUACAACUUUCGUUCUUCCUCCUUUGGCCAAUAUGGGGAAUGAUAGCGUCGUUAUUCGAGAUCGCAAUGGUUUUUGGAGAUCACUCUGGUCUCGAGGUGGUACCGCAGUCUGAACAUGACGACGCCAGGAAAUACCCAGUCAUGCCAGGCCGCUGCUCAGGAGCAGAAACAGAUAUAAAGGGUAUGCGGAUUAAAAAGGAGGACGUAGGUGUCGCGAUAAUAGUGGUUGUGGGCGCAGGAGGCGGUGGCGUAGGCGGGGCUCUUGCAUCACGAUCAUCCAAUAUAACCAGCAGCAUCCCAUCGACAGAUCCCCAAAGCCCAUUCAAAUCACCAUCUGCAUCUGACGAUGCUAUUCCAUCCUUAUCCGCGACUUCGUCGCCUACCACCUCCACGGCCUCGGUGUCCACAACAUUGGUGGCCGGACCAACAUCCACUCUUCUCCGCGACUGCCCCUCCUCCAAUAACUCCAUCAAUUCAGUCACUGCAGGCGACAGUGUGAUGAAAUUUCGUAAAGUCUGCGAGUUGUCCUAUCUCAAUGCGAACGGUGUCGCUUAUCACUCCGGUACAAAAUAG